ACAAACUGCAACGAACAAAACACCAGUUGGAGUUGAGAUUGGCAAAGGCAGAUAGCUAUCUCUAGAUAUGGAGGCUGCUUUCAUCUCCUUGCUGAUCAACAAGCUCGCCCAAGUCGCAUUCAACCAAGCGCAUAGCAGAUGCUCUCAGAUACUGCUGCAGCACACAACUCCACCUUUAGAUCAGAUACACGCUAGAGUGAGACGAAUCACCGACGAGUUCAUAGUGAUGAAGGCCUUCCUCGAAGGUUCUAAUUGGUUCACUAUUGCUACUAACAAACCACUCGAGGCUUGGAUCGAACAGGUGAGGAAGGUCGCCUUCGAGAUAGAAGACAUCAUCGAUGAAUACCUUUAUCUGGUUGGAAGACAACGGGAAAGGACAUGGAAGAAUUGUCUCACGGCACCAUCUGACCUUUGUUUCAAUCUUGCUAAGGCUUGGCGUGGUAUUGAUUCUCGGUUAGAAAAGAUGGAGAGAGAUCUUUCUGAACUUUCAAGCAGGAGAGAUCGAUUUGGUAUAACAAUAAGUGGCAAUGAGGACGGAGUGAAGAAUUCAGAAAGAGACACACAUCAUUAUCGAGCUUAUUCACCCAUGUUAAAUGAUGAAGAUGAUUUAGUGGGGAUAGAAGUUAACAAAUCUAAGUUGCUUUCGUGGUUGACUAAUGCUGAUACUUGCAGGAAAAUGACAGCAAUUGCAGUGUGGGGAAUGGGUGGCCAUGGGAAAACUACACUCGUUGCAGAUGUCUAUCGCAAUAAUACCGUGAAGAGUCACUUUGAUUGUCAGGUAUGGGUUACAGUCUCACAAACUUAUAGUGUACUGGAAGAACUCCUAAGAAUAAUGAUCAAGGAAAUCUUCAAGGGAAAAAAGGAGCUUGUCCCAAAUGGUAUCACUACCAUGCAACGAUUAGAGUUAUUUGACAUCAUCAAAGAAAGUUUGCAACAAAAGAGAUAUAUAAUUGUGUUAGAUGAUGUUUGGCAUGUAGACUUGUGUAAUGAUAUUAGUCGUGCUUUUAUUGAUAGCAACAAUGGAAGUAGACUAAUUAUUACCACUAGAAUGCAUGAAGUAGCAAGGAUAGCAAAUGAAGAACAUAUCAUGAAGCUGCAACAACUUAAUGAAAAUGAUGCAUGGAUUUUGUUUUGCAAGAAGGCAUUUCGAAGAGAGAACAAUAAAGAUUGUCCACAAGAGCUUGAGGAUUACACCGGUAGGAUUUUGAACAAAUGUCAAGGCUCACCAUUAGCUAUUGUAGCAAUUGGCAGUUUAUUAUCAUUCAAGGAAAAGAGUGAAACUGAAUGGAAGAAAGUCUAUGAUAACCUUCAAUGGGAGUUUGAAAACAACCCUGUGCUAGAUAAAGUGAAGAAUAUUCUCAACCUGAGCUUCAAUGAUUUGCCUUACUAUUUAAAGAAUUGUUUUGUAUUUUGUAGCAUCUUCCCUGAAGAUUAUCUAAUAAACAGGAAGAAACUAAUCCGAUUGUGGGUAGCUGAAGGAUUUGUGGAGGCAAAGAGCAGUAACAGAUCAAUGGAAGAGGAGGCUGAAGACUAUCUUGCUGAACUUGUGGAUCGGUCCAUGCUUCAAGUGGUUAACAGAAAUGCAUUUGGGAGACUUCAUACUUUCAAAAUGCAUGACGUUGUAAGAGAGGUAACACUAGCAAUAUCUAGAAAGGCAAAAUUUAGCAUGAUUCUUGAUGGUUCACAAUCAGGUUUGGACUUUCAAACUCGCCGCCUUUCCAUCCAAACAAAUGAUGAAUCCCUUGAUUUAGAUAGGAGCCUGAGCCUUUCACAACUUCGCUCUUUGGUUAUGUUCUCAACUUGCAAUUCUAGCUCAGAUUCCCUAAGAGCAGUCUUAACUAGUUUCAAAAUGUUGAGGGUGUUGGAGCUGGAAGGAACUCCAAUCUCCAACUUACCAAAUGAAAUUUCAGCCUUGUUUAACCUUCACUAUUUGUGUUUGAGGGAUACAGAAGUGGAAAAACUUCCCAACAAUAUCCAAAAGCUCCAGAGUUUGGAAACACUUGACCUCAGUGGUUCCAAUAUAGUGAAGCUCCCACGUGGUGUGACACAAUUGAAGCAACUUCGUCACCUAUUUAUGUUUCCAUGUGAAAUUGAAUUUGGGGGAUCAACUGUAGUUGGAUGUGUUCCAACUCUCAAAGGGGCAUGGCAGUGGAAGAACCUACAAACCCUCAGACAUGUUAAAGCAAACAAGAACCUUUUUCAACAAUUGGAAGACAUGAAAGAGCUCCGAACAUUGGCAGUUACAGAGGUGGAAUAUGCCCAUUGUCCUCAGCUUUGCACCUCAUUGACUAAGCUGACUAAACUUCAUAGUUUAUCCUUGUCUGCAAGGAGUGAAGAACAACUCAACUUUGAAAUAUUAAAUUCUCCACCUCCUCCACUUCAGAAGUUGGUAUUGUGUGGUAGAUUAUUUGAAGGGAAAAUGCCUAGAUUUAUUUGCUCUUGUGAAGAACUCACAGAUGUGCUAUUGUUCUCGUCACAUUUAAUCGAAGAUCCACUUCCUUCACUCGGACAAUUGCAUAAACUAGUGGAGUUAACAUUGUGGGGUGAUUCAUAUGACGGGCAAAAACUACACUUUAGAACAGGUUGGUUCCUUAAUCUUAAGGUGCUUUUCUUGGACACUUUAACAAACUUAAAUAAUAUUGUGAUAGAGGAAGGUGCCAUGCCAAAUUUACUUAAGCUAAUAAUGAGAAGUCUUGGAGAAUUAAGAAUGAUCCCUCCUGGUAUCGAGUUUCUCGCCAAUCUCCAAAGUCUAGAUCUGUGUAACAUGCCUGAGGAGCUAGUGGAAAAAUUAAGAAAUGACGAUGACAAUGAAGACCGACAAAGAAUUAGAGGUAUUCCAAAUGUUGUUAUUGGUUUAAUAAGCAGUUUGAUCAUGUCUGAAAUCUGCGAAGAUGAGCAUUGGCUCUAAUGAAUGAUGAUGACCUCCGAUGAAGAUGAACUCUGAAGAUCCGAAAGAACUCCUCAAUGCUCCUGCGCACAGUGAGACGAGCCAACAAAGCGUUAGUGACCUAAGAUGGGUGGGGAUCCCUAGCUAGGCGCUCCGAUGCUCAAGUCCGUUCUUCUCACAGAUGGAAGAAGAAGAAGAAGAACAUUAAGUGAAAUAGAGUUUAGAUGCUACAACUUGCCUAUAUUGCCAAUGGAGAGGAUCCCCCUUUUUAUACUACCUCACGUGAUCUUCGUAGUCGUGAAGUGGUCCCUGGUUCGUUAGGGUUUGUUAGGAGAUGAAGUCAUCUUCUAUACUUCGUGCAAUAAUCCUUUAAGGAAUCUUUUUUUACCCUAGAUGUAUCAAUUUUGUUGUUUAUGACUUGUAUUUA